CACCCCGAUGGACAGCGAUCGUACCCGUCUCCGCUGUCAAUGCCCACUUGCAGCGACUGACCUGCCCUCGAAAUGACUGGCAUUCGUGCAGUGGGCAUUCUAUCCAAGUUCGCUACGAGCAGAUGUUGUCUGCUUACAGGCUAUACCUUCCGUAACCUUACAGUUUUAUCCACCAUGUCAGCUCGGACGUACGUCAAUUACGAGGUCAAGGAUGACGUGGCUGUCAUUCGGAUCAAUGACCCGAACUCAAAGGUCAACACGCUGUCGGUCCAGAUGCAGAGCGAGAUGACCCAGGUGAUGAAUGAGGUGUGGGCCAAUGGUGCCGUGAAGAGUGCCGUCCUCAUUUCCUCCAAACCUGGCUGCUUCAUUGCCGGAGCAGAUAUCAACAUGAUCGAGGCCUGCAAGACUGAAGAGGAAGUCACUGCCAUCUCUCAGGAGGGACAGAAGAUGUUUGAAAAAGUCGCCAAAUCGCCCAUUCCCAUCGUAGCAGCCAUUAACGGCUCCUGUCUGGGGGGGGCUGGAGUGUCCCUCUUUCAGUUUGCCAUCGCCUGCCAGUACCGGGUGGCAACGAAGAGCAAGAAAACCAUCCUGGGGACCCCAGAGGUCAUGCUGGGUCUGCUGCCAGGGGCGGGGGGCACACAGAGACUGCCCAAAAUGGUCGGUCUUCCUGCCGCUUUCGACAUGAUGCUGACGGGGAGAAACCUGAGUGUGGAUAAAGCCAAGAAGAUGGGGCUGAUCCACCACCUAGUCAAUCCCCUCGGUCCCGGCCUUAAACAGCCAGAGGAAAGAACGAUCGAAUACCUGGAAGAGGUUGCAGUGGGUCUCGCUAAAGGCGUUGCCAGCGGGACUGUCCCCGUUAAGCCGCAGAAAAGAAUCAUGGAAAAGAUACAAGAUUACGUCAUGGGGAUUCCAUUGGUACGCCAGCAAAUCUAUAAAACCGUCGGCAAGAAGGUGGCGAAGCAGACGAACGGGCUGUAUCCAGCCCCUCUGAAGAUCAUCGAGGCCGUUCAGGCAGGACUGGAGAAGGGCUCCGAAACCGGAUACGUGGUAGAGUCACAAAAUUUCGGGAAACUAGCGAUGACCACGGAAUCCAAGGCCCUUGUUGGCAUUUACCAUGGUCAAGUGACAUGUAAGAAGAACCGAUUUGGGACUCCGGAAAAGGAAGUGGCGAAGCUGGCAGUCUUAGGAGCCGGACUGAUGGGAGCAGGAAUUGCCCAGGUGACCGUGAACCGGGGUGUCGGCACUAUCCUGAAGGACACUUCAGAGGUGGCACUGAGCAGGGGCCAGCAGCAGGUUUACGAUGGGUUUAACGAAAUGACCAAGAAGAAGAGGAUUACAGCCUUCGAGAGGGAUACCAGUAUUUCCAGCCUCAUUCCACAGCUGGACUACAGUGGCUUUGACAAGGUGGAUAUGGUCAUCGAAGCGGUUUUUGAGGACAUGGAUUUAAAGCACAAGGUCCUGAAGGAAGUAGAAGCAGUAAUACCCCCUCACUGUGUUUUCGCCACCAACACCUCUGCACUUCCGAUUAAAGACAUCGCUGCUGUAAGCAAGAGGCCGGAAAAAGUCAUUGGGAUGCACUAUUUCUCCCCGGUGGAGAAAAUGCAGCUGCUUGAGAUAAUAACUACUGACAAGACGUCUAAAGACACGACUGCUUCUGCCAUCGCCGUCGCCCUCAAGCAGGGCAAAGUCGUCAUAGUCGUGAAGGACGGUCCUGGCUUCUACACCACCAGGUGUCUGGCUACCAUGAUGGCAGAAGCGGUCCGAGCUCUACAGGAGGGCAUGGGCCCCAAGAAACUGGACUCUGUCACCACCAGUUUUGGCUUUCCAGUUGGUGCUGCCACCCUGCUGGACGAGGUUGGCAUCGACGUCGGCACCCAUGUGGCCGAGUACCUCUCCAAAGCCUUUGGCUCACGUUUCGGGGGAGGCGAUAUCGAGGUUAUGAAGGCCAUGUUAGAGAAGGGGUACAAGGGCCGCAAGUCAGGAAAAGGGUGUUUCAUCUAUGAGAAGGGAUCGAAGAAGAGGAAGGUCAACCCGGGAGUUGAGGAGAUUAUGAAAAAGUUCAAAUUGGCUGCACCGGCAUCUGUAUCUUCGGACUUGGACCUGCAGUUCCGCCUCGUGUCCAGGUUCGUGAACGAGGCCGUGAUGUGUCUCCAGGAGGGGAUCCUGAGUGGCCCGGUGGAGGGGGACAUCGGAGCCGUGUUCGGAUUGGGGUUCCCUCCCUGCCACGGAGGGCCGUUCCGGUUCGUGGACUCGUUCGGGGCGGACAGUCUGGUGCAGAAGAUGAGGAAGUUCGAGGAGGUGUAUGGGAAUCAGUUCACGCCAUGCCAGCUCUUGCUUGACCACGCCAAGGACAGCAGCAAGAAGUUCCACAAGUAGCUGGUACAAGCAGCCGCAGCCAGCGUCCGCCAAUUCGCAGCUCUGCCAUUUCCCAUGGGAACCGAAGUUUGCCUUGUUCGCCAAUCCUCUGUUUGGCUCUCAGUACCCAAAGUACUCUGAGUACUGCGUUGGAAGCUUUUGAUCAUAAAGCGCUUGGAUGUUUUUCCAAAUCGUUCCUUCCUAGUUGCAGGACGCCAGCCUACAAUUAUAAAUGUACUCUGCACUUUUUCGUUUGUUUGAGUUACGGGUUAGUGCAAGAUUAACGGUCAUGCACUUAUUUGCCUUUAAUUUAAUUCAAUGAAGGAACAAAAUUAAGGUAACCAAUGCAAACCAGUCUGCACUAGUCACUUUGAGUGACGGAUACAUGAUUCUGAUUUAUCAAAUGCAGCAAAUAAAAAAAAUAAUAAAAAAUGACCAGGUUACUGUACAA